AUGUCAUUUAAGAAAAAUAUGCAAAAUCAACACAAACAAGUGAACCUAGUCCCACCUCCCCCUUCAACUCCAUUUUUUUCAUCUCUACGUCCUACUCUACCCCGAUCUCAACAUCGACCACAGCUCCCACCUCGGCCAAAAAAGAAGUUAAGCACUCAGCCUGCACCAACUCAAACAGUAGAGCUACUUUUGGUUGGGAAAACAGGCCACGGGAUAAGCGCCACAGGAAAUUCUAUUGCAAGAAGGAAAGUUUUUAGUACAUCCUCGGGCUUCCGCGCUGAGGUCAGCAAAGUUCAAGAGCUGUGGACUGAGUUAAACGGCUACACAGUUCAUGUCGUGGACAUGCCAGGCUUUAGAGAAGCAGCGCUUGAUGGCGACCUUAAUAGCAGAAACAUGGCAGAAGCCGCUUCAAAAUUUCCCAAUGGGUUCCAUGCUGUAGGGAUUGUUUUGAAAUAUGGAGAAAGAUUUACGGACGAGUUUAUCUGUAUGAUGAAACGAGUUUUUGGAGAAAGUUUAGUUAAACAAUAUGGCAUGAUUAUAAUUACUCACGGAGAUUGCUUUGACUUAAAUCAAGAAGAUGACGAGGUCGAAAAUUUCUCUGACUGGGUAAGUAGACAGGAAGGUUCACUUAAACGGCUUCUUAUUGAGUGUAGCUACAGGUGUAUAUUGUUCAGGAACCGAACAAAAGACGAAAAGGAGAAACAUGCCCAAGUAAUUACGCUCUUAGAGGGAGUAUUAAAGUUAAAAGCUACAGAGACCCCCCACACACAUUCUCAUUUUGAUAACAUCCAAAAUGUAAGCGACAUGAGCAUGGUUGAAAAAAAGUCACCAUUUAUCAAAGCUGAAAUCAUGCAACAGACGAAUUUACUCAUCGAAGCUAUUAGCCGUAUUAAAAUCACAGAAGAUAAUAUGGAAGAAAUUGAUAAUGAAAUCACAGUAAUUGACGGUAGAAUCAAAAAGCUUUAUGAUGAUAUUAAAAGCAAUGAUAAAGAAACAGGUGUUUUGAUAGGUUUAAAUAUAGAAGUUAAAAAAGUUGAGACUAUGCUUGUAAAUUUGAGAGAAUCUAAAUUCACUAAACUAAAAUAUUUGAUGAAGAGGAAAUUUUUCGAGCAACAAAAUCUGUUAAAAAUCGAACAAGCAAAGAGAGAGAAAGCCGAAGAUGAGAAAGCACUUUUAGAAAAACUAAAAAUUGCUGGUGAAAUAGAUAAAAAUACAAUUUUUAAAAAAUUGCAAGAGAAUGAACAGGCUAUGCGCUUAAGAGAGGAACAAAUGCUGGAAACUUUUAAAAAUGAAAUGCAGAAAAUCAAAAGCGAAGAUGCUCGUCGCUGGAGAAAAAAAGUUGAAUUUUUACAAAAGACACAAGCGAGUCAACUGAAGUCCAUACAAAAGCAUUAUGAGGACAUGAAUAAAGUAAAUAAUUUCGCAAUUCAAAGUGAAAUCAAUCAGCUAACUGGCAAACUUGAAGAGAUAAAUAAAACAGCGAAACCCCGAAAUCAAGAUCCGAUGAAAAUUGAACUACGAUGCAGGGAUCAGCAAGGGAGGGUCAUAGACCUGGAGAUGGGCAAGUACGAUGAGAUGGUUCGCUUGAUGAGAACUUUUUGUGAUUCGUACAGCAUGCUGAUGCAUGAAGCCAAAUUUCUAAUCGAUGGAAAACGAAUACAGCCUUGCGACACCCCGACCUCAUUAGAGCUGGAAGAUGGAGAUUUAAUCGAAGUUUUUAAAGACCAGAUAGGGGGAGUUUAAAAAAAAAUGGGUCAUCCAUUUAUGACGUCCACAAAAAUUCAGGAGAUAUCGAAAUACUUACUACAUGAAUAACAUGUAUUGUGUACCUAAUAACUGAUAUACGGCUUAAUAUUUUCCAUAAUGCUUGUUAGUUGGACUAAAUAUCAAAAGUGGAAUCUAGAGGUGUCUUCAUUUAACACAAGUAAAGUCGUCUUGAUUUCACUUUUUACAUGCAGGAUACGAGUUUUAUGUUUGUUUUAAAAUGUUAGUACUUCGAGCUUAAGUUUAACUUGUGGACAUCCGCACAGACCCGAAUCCCCACCCCCUAGUCCACACGCUUCCACA